UAAAUCGGAAGAUAUAUUUAUGCGAUGAACAAAAAACAAUAAAUCACAUGAAACAAACUGGAUUUGUUUAAGUGAAAAUAAGAUUAAAUCAAAAUUGUGCCCAAAUCGUUCAAAAAUUUGAUGUUGAACAAAACAAAGUUGGAAAUGAAACCAUACAUGUAUGCAUCGCCAAAAACAAUCGGUUGGUGGGAGAUAUGUUAGAGACAGAUCCGAAAAUAGUAGGAGAGUGGCGACACGGAGAUAAGACGGAGAUUAACGGAGAUGAGAGGUAGAGAGAUGGUGGGGGAGCGGCGGAAGAAAAGAAGGACGUGUAGGAGUAUUAGGGAUUCCUAUGGCUUCCGUUUCUUCAUCUGCAAAGCAAUUCUCUUUUUUUCUUCAUCAAAGGCCAAACUUUGCAGCAGAAAUUGAGGUUUGUUCUCCUAAUUUUGUUCUCCUAAUUUCUUUUCAAUUUCUUGAUCAAUUCAUCAUCAACCCAUGUUUUUUUUUAAUUUUAUGGCUUUUCUUGAGGUGGUGCAAAAUUUCUCUGAGGUUUGAGAUCGGAAAAACACUCCCAAAGAUAUGAGAUUUUAUGUGAUUUUUUUGUUGGUUUCCUUUCGUGGUUAUUUUUUGUGUUGCUGUUAGUCUAUUUGCUCAGUUUUGGUUCAAGGCACUAUGAUGAAUACAAAGUGUUUGAUAAAAUGCCUUAAAGAAUCAAAUGAAAAAAAUUGGUGGCGAGGACAGACCUAAUGCACUCAAGGGAUCUCUUAAUGCUUCAAAACAACCUCAAUAUGCAUUUCCAUUAACUGAAUAUGGACACAAUCAGAUGUCUCACACAAGGUUCUGUGCAUUAUCAUAGUCAAGGUAAUGCAUUCUUACUUCACAGUAUUGCAAAGAAAAUGCUUCUCCCACGUUCUUUCCCUGCUAAGUUACACUGUGUUUAAUGGUUUUGCUGCACUGAUUCUUAUUGAAUUUCUCUAACAAGGCGUUGGAGCAGUGUUCAAUUGAUAUCAUUUGAAGAAACGUGCGAGUGAUCCCAAAGUAAUAACGUUUUAGCAUUUGGAAAAAUGUCCUGUCCCGGACAUGUCGUUUCUGGUAUUAACUUGAGCACACAAGUUAAGGCAGCUACCCUUUGGAGCUUACCCAUAUCAUUUGGAUACAGCUAUUCAAUGGGCUCUAAGUUGAGGUUUCCAGCUAGAAACAAUGGUGUUAUGACCAGAUCUGGGAGGGAGUUUCGCCGUUUGAAGGUAGUUUGCGUGGACUAUCCCCGGCCAGAGCUUGAUAAUAGUGUAAACUUUGUUGAAGCUGCUUACUUGUCAUCUUCGUUUCGUUCUGCUCCUCGACCAACCAAACCAUUGGAGGUUGUUAUUGCUGGUGCAGGUUUGGCCGGGUUAUCUACUGCAAAAUAUUUAGCAGAUGCUGGUCACAAACCAAUACUACUGGAAGCACGCGAUGUGCUAGGUGGUAAGGUAGCUGCAUGGAAAGACGAUGACGGGGACUGGUACGAGACUGGCUUACACAUAUUCUUUGGGGCCUACCCAAAUAUACAGAACCUGUUUGGAGAACUAGGCAUCAAUGAUCGCUUGCAGUGGAAAGAACACUCUAUGAUAUUUGCAAUGCCUAGCAAACCAGGGGAGUUCAGCCGCUUUGAUUUCCUGGAAGCCUUACCAUCUCCACUUAAUGGGAUAUGGGCCAUCCUAAAGAACAAUGAGAUGCUGACGUGGUCUGAGAAAGUGAAGUUUGCUAUUGGUCUUUUGCCAGCAAUGCUUGGUGGACAGUCUUAUGUUGAAGCUCAAGAUGGGGUAUCUGUUGAGGAGUGGAUGAGAAAGCGGGGGAUACCAGACAGGGUCACUGAUGAAGUGUUCAUUGCCAUGUCAAAGGCACUGAAUUUCAUUAAUCCUGAUGAAUUGUCCAUGCAGUGCAUAUUGAUUGCUUUGAACAGAUUUCUUCAGGAGAAACAUGGUUCAAAAAUGGCAUUUUUAGAUGGAAAUCCACCUGAAAGACUCUGCUUGCCGAUUGUUGAACAUAUUGAGUCACGUGGUGGGCAAGUUCGACUUAAUUCACGUAUAAAGAAGGUUCAGUUGAAUAAAGAUGGAAGUGUGAAUAAUUUUCUUUUAAAUAAUGGAGCCAUUGUUCGUGGAGAUGCUUUUGUGUUUGCUACACCAGUUGAUAUCCUGAAGCUUCUUUUACCUGAGGACUGGAAAGAGAUCCCAUAUUUCAAAAAGUUGGAGAAACUUGUUGGUGUUCCCGUAAUAAAUGUCCAUAUAUGGUUUGACAGAAAACUGAAGAACACAUAUGAUCAUCUCCUUUUCAGCAGAAGUGAACUUCUCAGUGUGUAUGCUGACAUGUCGGUGACAUGCAAGGAAUACUAUAAUCCAAAUCAGUCUAUGUUGGAAUUGGUGUUUGCCCCUGCAGAGGAAUGGAUCUCGCGGAGCGACUCCGAAAUUAUAGAUGCCACAAUGCAGGAACUAUCCAAAUUGUUUCCUGAUGAGAUUUCAGCUGAUCAGAGCAAAGCAAAAAUAGUGAAGUACCAUGUUGUCAAAACUCCAAGGUCGGUGUACAAAACAGUGCCGGGAUGUGAGCCAUGUCGUCCUUUGCAGAAGUCGCCUAUCUCUGGUUUCUACUUGGCAGGCGACUACACGAAACAGAAGUACUUGGCUUCAAUGGAAGGCGCUGUUCUAUCUGGGAAGCUAUGUGCACAAGCAAUUGUCAAGGAUUACGAGUCGCUUCUUGCUCAACGGCUGUCCAAUGAAAGUGCAAACAUCAGCUGAAGAGGACACUUGAAUCACCUGUUGGUUGUGUCAAGUGAUAGCUUUGUUUGUACUCUGUAUAAAACAAUAUUGCAACACAACUCAUUUUCCUAAAUAAGACUCUACUAGAAUUGAUCUACAUGGUUCUUUUGACACCAUUCCUUGGUGUCAAAAUAUGACAUCGGGACCCUAUGAUGAUCCGUUGGACAUGGACUGGAU